AUGGAAACAGUAACGCGCUCAGAGGCCGGCUCCGAUACGGCCAACGACAUGCCCCAGAAGGACGUUGGUGUUGUCGUCGCAUCUUCACGCGAUGAUGCCUCAUCUCAGGAGCAGACUCCGACGAGGACCGCAGGCAAGCUCGAUGUCCUGGUUCAGGGCGUUGCCCUGUUCUCAGACGGAUACAACAUCCAGAUCAUCGGGUACAUGAACACCGUUCUCGCGAAACUGUAUCCCAAGCAGAUGACCAACGCGGUCAAGACGAGGCUCUCCAACUCUAUCUUGAUUGGUGAUAUCUUCGGCAUGCUCAUCUUCGGACUUUGCAUCGACAAAUUUGGCAGGAAAGUUGGCAUCAUUUUGACCACCCUUUUCCUGGUCUUGGGUAUUGUCAUCGCCACCGCCGCUCACGGAACCUCUGUUGAGGGCAUGUUCUGGAUGAUGGUCAUUGGAAGAGGCGUCGCAGGCGUUGGAGCCGGUGGCGAAUACACCGUCUGCACAUCACAGGCUCUCGAAUGCGCCGACAGCACCGAGGCAAUGAGGAAGCGCCGCGGAAUGCUCGUGGCCGUGUCCACCAACGCAGCCAUCAUCUCCGGCUUCGUCGGCUCCAGCAUCGUCUCUCUGAUCGUUAUCGCCGCGUACAAUGGCCAGGCCAGCGAUGGUAUCUGGAGAAUCUGUUUCGGUAUUGGUAUCUUCCUCCCGUUGAUUAUCUUCUUCUUCCGCAUGCGACUCGCCGACUCGCAGCAGUACCAGAAACACGCCAUCCAGCAGAACAUCCCCUACAAACUCGCCCUCAAGUUCUACUGGAAGCCUCUCCUCGGCUGCUGCAGUGCCUGGUUCCUCUACGACGCCGUCGUCUACCCUUUCAACCUGCUUGCCCCCACACUUGUCUCUGGGUUCUCAUCCCAACAGACCAUGAUUCAGUCAAUCGGCUGGUCGGCCUUGAUCAACGCGUUUGCUCUGCCCGGCGCUUUCAUCGGAGCUCUGCUGAUGGAUCGUAUCGGCCGUCGCCAGACCUACGCUCUCGGCUGGGCCAUCGUGUGCGUCUUUGGCUUCGCCAUCGGCGGCUCAAUGAUCCAGCUCAACAACGUUUUCCCUCUUUUCGUUACUCUGUACGGUCUUUUCCAGACUUUCCUGUCGGUCGGCCCCGGCGACUGCAACUUCCUCGUCUCCAGCGAAUCUUUCCCGACACCCCUAAGAGGCCACUUCCUUGGAUUCGCAGCUGCGGUCGGCAAGGCUGGCGCUGCAGUUGGUACGACGGCAUUGAGCGAGGCCCUUGCUAGCUUUGACGACCGGCUUAAGGGUCAGCAAGCCAUCUUCCUCAUUGGAAGUGGCAUCUCCGUAAUUGGCACGCUCUGCGUGUGGUUCUUGAUUCCCAAUGCACCUAAGCGUCUUGAGGACGAAGACGUGCGGUUCAAGAAGUAUCUUGAAGCGAACGGAUAUGACACGAGCAGCAUGGGACUCAAGGCUUGA